GAAUGGCCAGUCCCAAGAAGUUUGCUAAAGUGAAGAAUCUGCUGGAUGAGAAAAGUUACAUUGAUACUCUCCAUCAAAAAGUCAUCUCGCCAGUGGCCUGUACCCCUGAGCGAUGUAUGGGGUCCCUGUUGUCGCAGCAGGCUCACCGAGCGACUGGGAGUCCACGAUCCACGGAAGAGCUGUUGCUUCAAGCUAAGGAUUUCAUUGAGCAGUAUUACACAUCCAUCAAAAGAAACAACACGCCUGCCCACCAGAAACGGAUGAACGAGAUCCUGGAGUCUGUAGAGACUAUUGGAACCUACGAGCUAACCACAGCAGAGCUGAACUUUGGCGCCAAACUUGCCUGGAGAAAUGCGCCGAGGUGUAUCGGUAGGAUACAGUGGGCCAAGCUGCAGGUUUUUGAUGCCCGACACAUUCUGACAGCCCGAGGCAUGUUUGAGGCGCUCUGUAACCACAUCAAGUAUGCAACAAACAAAGGAAAUCUCAGGUCGGCAAUUACCAUCUUUCCUCAUCGGAAGGAAGGGAGGAGAGACUUCCGUGUGUGGAAUAGCCAGCUUGUUCGUUACGCCGGCUACAAGACAGACGAUGGGACCGUCGUUGGAGAUCCGGCCAAUGUGGAGUUCACCGAGCAAUGUGUUAAGAUCGGCUGGAAGCCCAAGUAUGGACGGUUUGAUAUCCUGCCCAUCGUGUUGUCUGCUGCUGGAUCAGAUCCCGAGUGGUUCGAGAUCCCACCUGAGCUAGUUCUUGAGGUCAACAUGAAACAUCCCAAGUAUCCUUGGUUUGCCGAGCUAGGGCUGAAGUGGUACGCCCUACCUGCGGUGUCCGGCAUGCUGUUUGACUGUGGAGGGUUGGAGUUCCCAGCUUGUCCUUUCAACGGCUGGUACAUGGGCACAGAGAUCGGAGCUCGAGAUUUCUGUGAUGCCAACAGAUAUAACAUGCUGGAGACAAUCGCCAUCAAGAUGGGACUCGACACGAGAAAGAGCUCUUCUCUCUGGAAGGACAGAGCUCUGGUGGAGUGUAAUGUGGCUGUACUUCACAGCUUUCAGACAAGUGGAGUGACCAUCACUGACCAUCACGCGGCUAGCGAGUCUUUCAUCAAACACAUGGACAACGAGCACAAGCUCCGAGGUGGUUGUCCGGCAGACUGGGUGUGGGUGGUCCCACCCAUGAGUGGGUCUAUUCUGGAGGUCUUCCAUCAGGAGAUGCUUCUAUACAAGUUAAAGCCUUCCUACGAGUACCAGGAAGAUGCUUGGAAGACACAUAUCUGGAAGAAAGACCGAGACAAGACCAAGACCUCGGACAAACCGAAGAGGAAGUUUGGCUUUAAGGAACUGGCCAGGGCAGUCAAGUUCUCAGCCAAGCUGAUGGGGAAAGCCCUGGCACGACGGGUCAAGUGUGUGAUUCUCUUCGCCACAGAGACCGGCAAGUCUGAGAGGUUCGCCAACACGCUGUGUGAGAUCUUCAAACACGCCUUUGAUGCCAAGGUGAUGUGUAUGGCUGACUAUGACGUCAUUUCACUGGAGCACGAGUCGCUUGUUCUGGUUGUCACCAGCACGUUUGGUAAUGGCGACCCUCCAGAGAACGGCGAGGCGUUCGCAAAAAGCCUGUACGAGAUGAAGCCAGUAGAGACCUCAAAUGGCCGCACACACUCGUCCUAUGUACGCAUGAGUAUAUCCAGUGAAAAGGAGGUGAGACUGGGCUUGGAUGCUACCAACCCCGACCAGCUGGCAAUGAUAACAGGACCGCUAGGCAACGUCAGGUUUUCAGUGUUCGCGCUGGGAUCCAGGGCAUAUCCCCACUUUGCUGCCUUCGGGCAUUACAUGGACAAGGUGCUUCAGGAGCUGGGGGCAGAGAAGAUCUUUCCCAUUGGCGAGGGAGAUGAACUAUGUGGGCAGGAACAGAGCUUUCGACAGUGGGCGCAAGGAGUAUUCACGGCCGCUUGUGAGACCUUCUGCCUGGGUGAUGAUGUCAACAUUAACGAGGCCACCGGUGCUCUUAGCAACAGUGACCAUAGCUGGACUCCCAACAGGUUCCGCAUUACUCCCAUAGAGAACGGCAAAGAGCCUGAUACUUGUGAAGCUCUGUCCAAGCUUCACGGGAAGAGAGUGCUGCCUUGUGUCCUCACGGAGAGAACAAAUCUACAGGCUGAUGAUUCUGACCGACAGACGAUCCUGGUCAAGAUGAACACACAAGGAGCCGACGAGCUGGUUUACGUUCCUGGUGACCAUGUGGGCGUCUACCCUGCCAACUCUCCGGACAUCGUGGACGGGAUCCUCGCCAGACUGCACAACUCCCCACCUGCUGAUCAGAUCAUUAGGACUGAGUUCCUGCAUGAAGUGACCACUCCACUGGGUACCAGCAAAACGUGGACACUGUUUGAGAAGAUGCCUGUUUGUAGCAUGCGAAUGGCCUUCACCUACUUCCUGGAUGUGACCACGCCCCCUUCCCAAGCUCUCCUUCAACUGCUGGCCACACAGGCAACCCGGGAUAUGGACAAGACACGCCUCGAGCUCCUGGCAACAAAUGCCAGCGAAUACGAGGAGUGGAAAUACGACUUGAGCCCUAACAUCCUAGAAGUCCUUGACCAGUUCUCCUCUCUCAAAGUCUCGCCAUCAUUGCUGCUGACACAACUACCACUGCUGCAGCAACGCUACUACAGCAUCAGCUCCUCGCCGCAGAUGUUCCCGGGCGAGAUCCAUGCUACGGUGGCUGUUGUCAAAUUCAGAACUCAAGAUGGUGCUGGCCCACUUCACGAAGGUGUCUGUUCUGGUUGGCUCAGCCGUUGCCCUCCAGGGACUGUGGUACCGUGCAUGGUCCGUGCAGCACCCACCUUCCACCUGCCAGAAAACCCAUCGCUGCCAGUCAUCAUGGUGGGUCCAGGUACUGGGAUCGCCCCCUUCAGAUCCUUCUGGCAACAGAGAAGCAUCGAUCUGGAAAUGCUCAACGUGCCCUCUCAAGACAACCAGAACAAAUUCGGUGAGAUGAGCAUGUAUUUCGGCUGUCGCACAAUCACCCAAGAUAAUAUCUAUGGGAAUGAACUUGAGGAAAUGAAGAGUGCUGGAGUUCUGUCCUCAUACUACGUAGCGCUGUCUCGAGAACCCGAUGUGCCCAAGGUGUACGUACAAGACAUUCUACUGAGCAACGGUGCGCUUGUCUAUGAUUUAAUUGUCAAGAAAGGCGGUCACUUCUACGUCUGUGGCGAUGUGUCCAUGGCCCAUGACGUCACCAGGACCCUGGAGGUGGUUCUGCAGGAGCAGGGGCAGAUUUCUCCUGAGGAAGCUAGCAAAUUUGUGACAAAGUUAAGAGAUACAAAUCGCUUCCACGAAGACAUUUUUGGAGUGAACGUCCGGCGUCCAGGUGACCAGCGAUCCAAAGACCAGUCAUUACGGGCCCUGCAGUACUUGAACUCCACAAGUAAGAUCACCAAACCAGACACGCUGAAGGAGAAAGCAGUGCCCAUUGCUCCCUCC